ACUCAAAAGAAACGUUAAACACAACGUCUCCCUUCCUCAUCGGUUUCUCUUUCUAAAAUCCCUCGAUCGAAAUCACAUACUCUUCCACUAUCAUACGCAAAGUAUUAAAAUACAAUUUUUAUGCUCCAAUUACGCACCUUUUUGUAGCUUUUUCGUGUUUGGUUUCUUCGUUGUUUUAUGUUAGUUCAACUGCUAUUUGAGCACUUUCUUCACAUUAAACUAACAAUUUUCUCCAUCCAUUGCUGUAAAUCAGUGUGUUGGUGGUGGUUUAUUACCAACUUCGGAGUAUUUUAUUUGAAUUGUUCCUUACUGGAGUGGGUGGGUUCUUGCCAUUUUAGUUGAUUAAUUAAUUGAACUCUUCAGUUCCACCUUUUCAAUCUAAGAUUUAGCCAUUAAAUCGCAGUUUCAACUCACUUUGAUUAGUUUUCCUAAAUGGGUAUUCGGCUAAUCAAGAUAAAGGCGGUUUCUGUAUUGAUUUGAGGCAACUUAUCAUGGAUCUGGAAACUGCGUUUCAUCAAAAUCAUCUAAAGAAACAGUCUUGGAAGACAAUCUUGACAUUGGCUUAUCAAAGCUUGGGUGUUGUUUAUGGAGAUUUGAGCACAUCGCCAUUAUAUGUGUUUAAAAGUACUUUUGCAGGAGAUAUUGAACAUUCAGAGACUAAUGAAGAAAUCUUUGGGGCGCUUUCUUUUAUUUUCUGGACUCUUACUUUAGUUCCCUUGUUGAAAUAUGUGUUCAUUGUGCUAAAAGCCGAUGAUAAUGGGGAAGGAGGCACAUUUGCUCUGUAUUCUUUGCUCUGUAGACAUGCUAGAGUGAGUUCUUUGCCUAAUUGUCAAUUAGCAGACGAAGAAUUGUCAACUUAUAGAAAGGAAAUACCUACUUUACCCCUAUCUUCUUUUGGGUCAAGACUCAAAUCCACUUUGGAGAAGUAUAGAGUGUUGCAAAGGUUUCUGCUUGUUUUGGCUCUUGUUGGGGCUUGUAUGGUCAUUGGUGAUGGAGUUCUAACUCCUGCCCUUUCAGUAUUUUCGGCGGUUUCUGGCGUGGAACUUGCAAUGGCAAAAGAGCAUCACAAAUAUGUAGAAGUUCCGGUUGCGUGUAUCAUACUGAUAGCAUUGUUUGCUCUACAACAUUAUGGGACCCACAGGGUCGGGUUCUUGUUUGCUCCGGUUGUUAUAUUGUGGCUCUUAUGCAUUAGCGCGAUUGGCUUAUACAAUAUUAUUCACUGGAACCCUCAUAUCUAUCAAGCUUUAUCUCCGGUUUACAUGUAUAGAUUUCUUAGGAAAACGCAAACCGGAGGUUGGAAAUCUUUAGGGGGUAUUUUGUUAUGCAUCACGGGCUCGGAAGCUAUGUUUGCUGAUCUUGGACACUUUUCGCAGUUGUCUAUCCAGAUAGCGUUUACAUCGUUUGUUUAUCCGUCGUUGAUUCUUGCAUAUAUGGGGCAAGCUGCUUAUUUAUCUCAGCAUCAUGUUAUCGAAAAUGACUAUCAGAUCGGAUUCUACAUCUCCGUACCCAAGAAUUUGAGGGUACCGGUGCUGUUGAUAGCCAUACUUGCUGCAGUCGUUGGAAGCCAAGCCAUCAUUACCGGAACUUUUUCCAUCAUAAAGCAAUGCUCUUCGCUUGGAUGCUUUCCGAGGGUCAAAAUAGUCCAUACGUCUUCGAAAUUUCACGGGCAAAUUUAUAUCCCGGAGAUCAACUGGAUCUUGAUGCUGUUAUGCCUUGCUGUUACCAUCGGUUUUAGAGAUACAAAACGGAUGGGCAAUGCUUCAGGUUUGGCGGUUAUUACGGUUAUGUUGGUUACUACUUGCUUAAUGUCACUCGUUAUCGUCUUAUGCUGGCAACAAAGCGUCUUUCUCGCAAUCGCUUUUGUGGUGUUUUUCGGGACGAUCGAAGCAUUGUAUUUUUCAGCUUCUCUCAUUAAGUUUCUCGAAGGGGCGUGGGUUCCGAUAGCGCUCUCACUUAUCUUCAUGCUAGUGAUGUACGUGUGGCACUACGGUACGAUUAAAAAGUACGAAUUUGAUGUCCAAAAUAAAGUAUCGGUUGAUUGGCUAUUAAGCUUGGGCCCGACCCUCGGUAUAGUCCGUGUUCGGGGAAUCGGGCUCGUUCACACCGAGCUCGUUUCGGGAAUCCCUGCUAUCUUUUCCCAUUUCGUGACCAACCUCCCAGCCUUCCACCAAGUGCUCAUUUUCCUUUGCGUGAAAUCGGUACCGGUCCCACACGUGAGUCACGAAGAACGGUUUCUUGUGGGACAUAUUGGCCCACGUGAGUAUCGGGUGUACAGGUGCAUAGUUAGAUACGGUUAUCGUGAUAUUCACAAGGACGAUGUGGAGUUCGAGAAGGAUUUGGUUUGUAGCAUAGCGGAGUUUAUUCGGAAACAAAAAGAUGAAACUACCCCUGAUGGAAAACGUGUGGACGGCGAAGUUGGCAACGAUGAUGAGGUAAUGACCGUCGUUGGAACGCCUUCCACUCACCUGGAAGGUGUUCAUAUGUGUACUGACGGUCAGGAUGGGCCUGGUGCGCCCGAGGUUCAAGAAAUACGGACAGCACCCACAAACCAAGUGAAGAAACGGGUGCGGUUCGUGGUACCAGAUAGCCCGAAAAUGAACGACGGGUCAAGGGCCGAGUUACGAGACCUAAUGGAGGCUAGGGAGGCUGGGGUGGCCUAUAUUUUGGGACAUUCUUAUGUGAAAGCAAAACAAGGGUCGGGUUUGGUUAAAAAGAUGGUCAUAAAUUUAGGGUACGAGUUCUUGAGAAGAAAUAGCCGCCCAUCGACGGACUCGUUAACCGUACCUCAUGCUUCGACCCUUGAGGUCGGAAUGGUGUAUCAUGUGUGAAAAAUGACAACAAAUUUGUAAAUCUUUUUGUAGUUGAUAUAUAU